UAAAAUCGAUUUGCAAAAUCAGAUUACGCAUAGGAAAGGAACUUGUUUUUGUUCCUUUUACGAAUUUCAAACUGAAGUAAUACACGCCCAGUGUUCAGCAUGUUGAUAGAUAAUAAGAGUGGUAAAACAUUAAAGUAAACAUAUUUUGUUCGGUCAGAAUUAAAUUCAUAACCAAUACAACAAGUGAUUGUAAUACAAUAAAAGAUCUGUAUAAGAAUUUGAGAACGUUUUAUACAAAUAAUAAUGGCGAGGAUGAAUACUUCUUGGACUGGAAAGGAUCUAAGCAAUGCUUUCACAAUGGAUGUACUUCCGGUGACUGUGUUUAUUUCCAUAGAAGCAUUCAUUGGUUUUUUCGGAAAUAUAACCAUUCUGUUAGUUUACUCCAGACGAUACAGACGGAUAAACUUCCGGUACUUUGUCUUGGCGCUUGCUAUUGUGGACCUAACAAGCUGCUGUACUACACUUCCGGGUGAAGUGAUUUCCCAAUUAAACUGGUACGACUAUCAGUAUGCAUGGAUAUGUAAAGUGAAAACAUUUUUCAACAUUUACACUGCUUUGAGCUCAGCCUCUGUCUUGCUAGUUUUGGCAAUUGACAGAUACAGAAAGAUUUGCCAUCCAUUAAAUUUUGAUUGGCAAAUUCGUUGCCAUGUUGCUCUCAGACUUUGCCGAUGUUGCUUGAUUGUAUCGGCGCUAGUGUCUAUUCCUGCUCUCAUACUUUAUGGAAAGCAGACGAACAGUUUCGAGCACGAGGGAAAUAAUAUUACCGUCACAGUUUGUGAAAUAGCGGGGGAGUAUGCAGGCACAAUUUAUCCACUACUUUAUAUCGGUAGCAUUUAUCUCGUGGCUAUGACUUUAAUGAUACUCGCGGACGUGUCUUUGAAUUUAAUUACGGCAUGGCGGCUAUUUGGAUAUCACUCAAUGAAAACUGCAAACAUAAAACAUGAUACAAAGAAAGCGGUUGUCGCAAUAACAUUGACAUCAGAAACAUCUAAUGAUGGUAUAGACAAUGAUAGAGAAACAAAAGCUACGACUAGCAAAAUAUCCGGGAAAAAGGAAGACCAUGGAGCUGAAAACGCGAAAAAUGCAAAUUCCAAUUUCUACAUGUCUGCAAAAAGACAAAGUAAUCAGUCAUCUAAAUUUAAAAGAAAGUCAGCAGAUGAAGGUUACAUUGAUGACGAUGACAAAACAUCUGAAAUUUCUUCUACUGAUUAUUUAAGUAACGACGAAGAAUUCAUUGAUGAUAAUAACAGCGGAAAUGAACAAAUUGGGAACAGCUCGACUGACCAAACAUCUUCUGAGCAGGGCAGACGUACAUCCCUUCGGAGCAGACGAUCAAAUACUAAAACGUCAAAAUUCCAGCUGAAGAGUAAGACGAUGAUAAUGUUAAUCUUGACGGCAAUAUUUGCCGCCACGAUGAUUCUGUAUAUAAUUCUCACUGGUCUCGUAGUUAAACCUGAUGGCAUUUUGAGAGGUUUGCCUGAAUCGCAGCUGGUGCCGUUCUUCUUCUUCUGGCGUUUAUACUUCGUAAACUCUGUCGUAAAUCCGAUCUUGUACGGAUUUAUGGACCCCGGAUUUCGUUCAGGGUUUAUGUCUUACAUGCGGAGAAACAAGCAUUCUGUUACGAGCUCAACGUAGCUCGUGUUUACUUGUACAUGACCUUAACAACUACUAGCAUUCGUUCUUUGUCAAUUACGAGAUACAUAAAUCUUUACGCAGAUGAUAGACUCUAGGUUUAAUCCAAUGUUUUUGCGGUCUAGAAGUGUAAUAUGGUGAGCUUUACAUACGUCAUUUUAUUACUGAAACAAGAAAAACAAUAUUGAUCAUUUUAGAAUUUUUUUUACACCUAGAAUAAAUUUAGAACUCCUUGUUAGAUAUUGCUAAAUGAUAUGUAUUUAGAUUAUGAUAUUAUGACCAAGUUCGUAUCUCAGGCUACAAACAGAGCUUUGGGUAUUUUGAUUGCUAAGUAUGAAAUACCUGGAGACAAGGAUGCUUCUUAAAAACUAAAUGUUGACUUCAGUUAUCAUUAUGUAUUGAAAGUGAAAAGAAAAAAGAAAACGAUGUAUAGGAUUAUGUUCUGAUCCUUCAAACAGUGGUCGCAUAGGCCUGACUGCAAUUUGGAAUAAAGAGAAUUGGAAUAUUUUGUUUAUUUGUAUUUGUAUUUUGAAUCGCUUUAAUUGUUUAAUUUAAUAUAUUCCUUACAGUCCCACCACCCUAACCUUAACUGUGUAACUUUAAUAUUAUGUUUUCCUUUAUAAUGACAAGACAAUUCCCUAUUAUUUGAUAUAAGAUAAAAAUAUGUUUGUCAAUAUUGUUUCCUGGAUUAUAUGAAAUUGUUUUUCUUUCUAAUAUAAGAGGUGCAUGCUUUAGAUUUUGCAAUAUUUCACUAAUAUAUACAGCAAUUUAACAUUAACAUAUAUCAAUUUAAAAUCGUGAUCAGAGUAAAGUUAGUACAUUGUAAAUUUCGAAAGUUAAGGGGUUGAAGCAUCCUUCUGUUUGCAGCAUUCGGAAUCCACACCCCCUUGCUUUCAUAAUAAUACUAACAUAAAUGUAAAUGAAAGGAUGAGGUUAAAGUUAAGUUUGGGGCAGCCGGCUCGCAGUUUCUUAGUUUUCUGGAAUAUUUUAAAUCAUAUAAUGUAGGGUAUUUACAGAAUUGUUAGUCUUUUGGUUCAAGGCGCUUUUUACUUUUUUUUGUCAGCAUUAUGAUAUUGUCAUUUCUGUUCCAAAUUUUGCUAUUUCUCUGGUCUCAUGUAAUUUGAUAUAUAAAAUUUGACAUUGUGGAAUUUGUUAUCCAACUUUGAUAUCUUUUUGACAUUUCUGAUUUAUCAUCGUGGUUUUUGUUAUCUUUGUGUAAUUUCUCUGAUAUCAUGCAUUUUAUUAAAUGGUGAUUUGAUCUUUCUGAUUCAUUAUUUUAUCACAUGUUUACACUAUAAACACAUGUUAUGAAAACAAACACUUCUGACAUCCCCAGACAUUGUCAAUCAACUGUGUGCUUUUUGUUGAGUUCUAUAGAAAAGACCUGGACUUAAAUCAACCAACUGACAUAUUAGUUAUGACACAAAUCAUCAAUGAAGGAACUUGAAACGGACCAUAGGCAACUAUAAAAUAUAGAUAUGUUAACUGGAGCAUCCCUUAGAAUUUGUUUCAUUGUUUAGAUUUCAAUGACUCGUUCUUAUGUCCUUUAGUUCUUUAAAUGUUGAUUUCUCUCCUUUUGUCAAAUUAACACUGUUUUAUCCUUUUGUCAGGUACUGAGGGGAGACAAUUGAUUGUUUGACGUUAAGGUGAGAUUUUGGAAUCUUUGCAAUACAUGUGUUUAGAACUGUUAAAUGAUUUUAAUGUUUAGGUACAAGUAUAGGUUGAAAUAGUGAUUGCAGAAUGACCCUUCACUCUUGAGAAUCUUUAGAAUAUAUUCAAUGAAGAUUUUAUAUAAAGUUUUAUAUAAAUGCAACAUUUGUGAAUGCCGAAAAUGUCUAUGUCUAUCUAUGUCUUUGUUGUACUCCUUAGCGAUCGUUAACAAUUAUAACUAGCAGGCGCGUUGCCAGUGAUAGCUGUUAAAAUAGCAAACACUACAGAAAUUAUGUGCGUGAAAGCUAGCACGAAGUUGGAUUAGAACUGAUCGAAGGGAGGCAUCUGCCUAGCAAAUAUUUCUAAGCAAGGAGUAGCUAAGACUGUUCCACAGACGUAUACUUCUGGGGAAAAGUAGUUUGCAUGAUAGUGCGUCUUUGAAUACGGUAUCAAAUGGUUAAGGUAUCUAGUUCUUCUAAGGUGUCUGUGGUCAACAUAAACAACGUCACGAAUGCGGGUUUUAUUUCUUCGUAAACUUAACAAUAUGUGGUAACCUUUUGAUAUUUUGUAUUGGAAGUUUCAUGUGUAUACAGUCUUUUACAAAUCAAAGGCGUACGUAGGAUUUAUAUAGGCAGAUGGCCCCCAAUUUUUGAAAAACAAUAGAUUGAUGACAGUGUUGAAAAUCGACAGUUUUCACUAAAAUAAACUUUAAACUACCAAACUGUAUCGUUUUUGAUAAUAACACAUUCUCAAUAUUGAUGUAAAAUGAGUUAAAAGUACAACCGGUACAGGCAUUUCGCGCUAAAAUCGCUGAAUUUGGCCAUUUCAGGCUCAAAAUUCGCUUAUUAGCAACCCUUGCUUCAGUUAACGAUUUAUAACAGGUAUUUCAUUUGUUAAUUCUAUUUAAUUUUUUCCUAACUGAAACUG